GAAAAACUAAUUAGGCAUAGAAAACCCACGAUCACUUCCUUAUUCUUCCAUCUCCUCCCAUCACUGCCUCCACUACCCGUCGUCGCACCGCCCAAAACCGCAUCACAAGCUCUGUUCGCCAGUGAGUUGUCUUUCUUGACCUAGAAAAAUGAGUGUAGUGACUGAUUCACCGGUGCGCUCUUCGCAUUCAUCGAGCAGUGAUGAUUUCGCUACUUUUUUGGAUGCUGAGUUAGGCUCGUCGUCUGAUUCUUCUUCUAAAGCGAAGAAUGUUGUUGAUGAUGAUAAGAAGGAAGUUGAGUCUGAUUCAUGGGCUGAUGAGAAUGAUGAUGACUGUGAUUCAUGGGGCGAUGAUAAUGAUGAUGACACCGUAGCCAAUCAAAUUAAGAGGGCUCGAGUGGAGAUACAAGAGAUUGUUCAGGAUAAUCUCCAAGCAUCAACUUCUCAUAUACAUAUACAGCAAAACUCAGUAGCAUCCACGAGUAAGGUUGCUUGCACACAUCCAGGAACUUUUGGUGACAUGUGUAUAUGUUGCGGAGAAAGGUUGGCUGCGGAAACAGGUGUCACACUUGGGUACAUACAUAAGGGUUUAAGGCUUGGUAAUGAUGAAAUUGUGCGAUUACGUAACACAGAUACAAAGAAUUUGCUUCGAAACAGGAAGCUCUACUUGGUCCUUGAUCUAGACCAUACACUGCUUAAUUCUACUCAGCUUAUCCAUUUGACUCCAGAAGAGGACUAUUUGAAAAGUCAAAUAGAUUCUGUGCAAGAUGGCUUAAAUGGUAGCCUCUUCAAGUUGGAUUUCAUGCAUAUGAUGACGAAGUUAAGGCCCUUUGUCCAUGAAUUUCUUAAAGAAGCAAGCCAGAUGUUUCAGAUGUACAUAUACACGAUGGGUGACAGGGCAUACGCACACGAAAUGGCUAAGCUUCUUGAUCCUGGAAGAAAGUACUUCCACGACAGAGUUAUUUCACGCGACGACGGAACUCAACGACAUCAAAAAGGUCUUGACAUUGUGCUCGGUCAAGAUAGUGCUGUUCUUAUCCUUGAUGACACAGAGAAUGCUUGGACAAAGCAUAAAGAAAAUCUGAUUCUGAUGGAAAGAUAUCAUUUCUUUGCUUCAAGCUGUCGCCAAUUUGGAUUCGAAUGUAAAUCUCUUUCACAGAUAAAGAGCGAUGAGAGUGAGUCUGAUGGAGCACUUGCAUCAGUUCUCAAGGUCUUACGGAAAAUUCACCAGAUGUUCUUUGAUGAGCUAGCGGACAAUCUAGAUGGCAGAGAUGUGAGGCAGGUAUUGGGUACGGUUCGUAAAGAUGUGCUAAAGGGAUGCAAAAUUGUAUUUAGUCGAGUAUUUCCGACCCAAUUCCAAGCUGAAAAUCAUCAUCUCUGGAAGAUGGCGGAGCAGUUAGGGGCUACAUGCUGUAGAGAACCUGAUCCAUCAGUAACACAUGUGGUCUCGGCAGAAGCUGGAACAGAGAAGUCUCAUUGGGCUCGGAAGAACGAUAAGUUUUUGGUCUAUCCGCGGUGGAUAGAGGCUGCAAAUUAUAUGUGGCAAAGGCAGCCAGAAGAGAAUUUUUCGAUUAACCAACCAACCAAACAAUAGUCGGUAUCUUCUUGUAGGUCAGUAUUUUUUCUUGUUCUUGAUUCUGAAGUUGUUGAUAGCUUAAGGUCUGGUUCCCAUUUAGCAGAAUUGAUCAGCUCCCUUUGGACAUUUUUGUGACACCAUCCCGGUUAUCUGUGCCCAUUAUGUUUACGGGUUCUGUACAAAUGCAUCAAGCGAUUCAUAGGUUUAUUAAAUAUUUUCUUGAUAUAUAUUGAUAGUUCGAUAACUCGGAUGAUGUAAAAUUUUCCUGAUAUGUUAAUAGCUCGGAUAGACUUGGAUGCCAA